AUGGCUGCAGAGUGCCCCUGCCUCGAAAAAGUCGCGUCCUUCGCAUUCGCAACCUGGAUAUUCUGGUUCGUCGCUGUGAUAGCUCUUGCAGGACUAGUCGUCUCAGGACGAAGACGUGAUGUCGAACUCUACACAAAGCUGCUACGAGCCGUUCGAGAAACAAUAGAACAGACCGUAGCAACGCAGAUGGGCCCGCGUCCCGCAUCGCCGCCACCAGAAUAUUACGAUCCUGAUUCGAUUGAGAUGCGUGUGAUCAAUGUGCAGGAUAGAGAGCGGCGCCAUCGAGGUCAAAGUUUGCCGGAUUUGCCUGCUCCGGUGCAUCCAGUGCGGAGGUAG